GUUGUUUACUUGAUUUCUGACUUGAUCCUGUUGUCGCAUGCACGCCCUUACACCAUAUCGAUUGUAGACUUACCUGUGGAAAGAUUACAUGAUGCCUGGUAUCAAUGGUGCAGCGAAUGGGUCAACGGCAUAUGGAGAGGUCGCUGCCGACAAGAUCAUCAAGGACGAGCACAAGCCCUCGGCACCAUCACAAACAAACGAAGAGGACAUGCAGCUUGUAUUGCAAAACUUUAGACUGCUCAUCGCAGAUCUUUGCCAACAGUUCGGCAUGGGACACCCCGGAGGAGCCAUCGGCAUGGCUGCGAUCGGUGUGGCACUCUGGAAGUAUGCUAUGCGGUAUGCAUCACAUCAACCAAACUGGUUCAACCGAGAUCGCUUCGUCCUUUCGAACGGACAUACAUGUCUUUUCCAGUACACUAAUCUUUACCUCUCUGGAUACAAGGCAAUGACUUGGGAGCAACUUCUGUCAUAUCAUUCGGAGCGGCCAGACAGUCUUUGCCCCGGACACCCGGAGAUUGAACACGAGGGCAUCGAGCUGACCACCGGUCCCCUUGGCCAGGGUAUAGCGAACGCAGUCGGGUUGGCCAUUGCGACGAAGCAUCUUGCUGCUACGUUUAACCGUCCUGGCUACGAUGUGGUCGACAAUCACACGUGGGUCACGGUCGGUGACGCUUGUAUGCAGGAGGGCGUUGGAUGUGAAGCCUUCAGCUAUGCUGGUCAUCUGAAGCUCGGGAAUCUGACAUGCAUCUACGACAACAACCAGAUCAGCUGCGACGGCAGUGUAGAUCUCACAAACACUGAAGACGUGAACAAAAAGAUGGAAGCUUGCGGCUGGGAGAUUAUCGAUAUCGAGGACGGCAAUAAUGACGUUGCGGCGAUUGUUGCAGCUUUGGAGAGGGGGCACGAGAAGGGCAGGCAGAAGCCUCUAUUCAUCAACGUUCGAACAAUCAUUGGUAUGGGCAGUGCUGUAGCAGGCAAAGCCGUCUCUCACGGCGCACCGCUCGGCGCCGACAAUGUCGCUGCAAUGAAGAAGGCCUGGGGAUGGGACACAGAGAAGACCUUCCACAUUCCGGACAAGGUCAAGAAGUUCUACGCCGAUAUCCCUCAUCGCGGCGAUCAGCACGUGAAGAAGUGGAACGAACUCGUCGCAGCGUACAGCAAAGAGCACCCCGAGCUCGCCCAGACGUUCAAGGCCCGCAUGGCCGGCAAGCUGCCCGACAAUUGGCAAUCAAUGAUUCCGUCUUCCUUCCCCAGCGACGCCACACCCACUCGCAAGUCCAACAACCUCGUCAUGGCCAAGAUGCUCGCCGAAAUCCCAACCUUUAUGGUCGGCACCGCAGACUUGACGCCGUCGGUGAACCUCACUCACAGUGGCUACGAAAUCUUCAACCCACCUGAUCUCAAGCCGGAAUCCGGCGCUCAAGGCUCUUACAAAGGCCGCUACAUACACUACGGCAUCCGUGAGCAUGCCAUGGCAGCAAUUGCAAAUGGCAUAGCGGCCUACGCACCACGCACAAUCAUUCCCAUCACCAGCUCUUUCUUCAUGUUCUACCUUUACGCUGCGCCGGCGGUGCGCAUGGGUGCCUUGCAGCGCUUGAAGGUCAUCCAUGUUGCAACGCACGAUUCGAUCGGCGCUGGUGAGGACGGACCUACGCAUCAGCCGGUGGAGUUGGCAGCGCUGUACAGGGCGAUGCCGCACAUGCAAUACAUCAGGCCCGGCGACAGCGAAGAGGUAGCCGGAGCGUGGAAGACGAUGAUUGAGAACGAGGAUGGGCCGAGCAUGAUCAGCGUCAGUCGGCACGCACUGCCGCAGCUCACCGGCUUGACGAAUCGAGAGGGUGUUGAAAAGGGCGCAUAUGUGCUGCGCGAAGACAAGGGUGCGGCUGUUACGCUCAUCGGCGUCGGCGCAGAGCUGAGUUUCGCAGUGCAGGUCGCGGAUGCACUCGCCAAGACCGGCACCAAAGCACGCGUCGUCUCGUUCCCAUCUCACACGCUGUUCCGCGCACAGCCGCUAUCGUAUCAGCGUCACGUGCUGAGGAGAAAUGAAAACAUGGCCGCUGUUGUUAUCGAGCCGUAUGUUGCCCUGGGCUGGGAACGGUAUGCGGAUGCGGGUAUCAACAUGAGCUCUUUCGGCCACUCGCUGCCGGGCAAGUUCAUCUACAAGCACUUUGGGUUCGACCACGAUAGCAUGGUGAAUAAGGUGCAGGGCUUCCUGCAGGGCUGGAGGAACGGCGAUGUUGGAAGAGGAGAGUAUGUGGAGCUGUAGCGCGUAGCCUGUGAGCCUGGUUCGA